CAGUAUAGUAGCUAGCAAGCCCGUUCAGACGAGCGCGAGAAGAAUGUACAAAGCUCCUUUCACAUCCUCUCUUCGUUCUUGCGGAGGCGUUUCGGGCCGUCCACCUUCGGUACUGACCCUUCCUUUGCUCUGGCAAAGCAGCAGCCAGACUGCCGCUCUGCUCCAACACCAGAACCUGCCAUCAACAGAUACUUGUUGCACAUCACCACCCUACUUUGAUGCUCACCGCCUACGAUCCAUCCAUUCACCCCCUUCACCGCUCCUUGCCCCACCCCGGGAAGUCUCCUCCGCUCGCCGACCCGGUCAACGCGCGCACGCACACACUUAGACGGAAAUAUUCCCUUCGCGAACCGCCCC